UGACAGUGAUCUAAAAAUAAGGUCGACAGCGUCGCGCCGCUGCGUGCGCGCUCUCUUCAGUCGAGGACCAACCGUCGCGAGCUACAGUCGAACGAAACAUAAAACAGCAGCCAUGGUGUACGAGAGUGACUUCUAUACGACCCGCCGCCCCUACAGGCCCAGCACCAGCUACAGCACCGUGUCGCCACUAUCGUCAGUGUACUACCUGUCGUCCUACCUACCCUACUAUCACGAGCCGUACAUAACGUACAUACCCAAGCUCUCACAGGCUGAGCUGAUAUACAGGCCGACUGCUCGCACUGUUACUCGACUCGUCACGUACCCGGAGGCGCCCCACCAUGUAGUGCGAGUGCGCGUGCGACCCUCAGUAGUCCUGCGUGAAUUGGACCGCAUCGCGUACCGCCGCCGCCCCGAAUAUUCCAUCUCAGCUGUCGAUGAUUUCUUCCGUUCCGAAUCUACCAAGGCUUUCGAAGAUGAGACCAGCCGCAUUCGCGCCGACACAGCUGCACUUCUGACGCGCGCGCGUUCCGUUGUGCCCCGCGCUAAAACCGUAGCGCCCCUCGAUACGAUUUAUUCAUAUUCGUACGGGGAACCAGUACCGUAUCGUUUCAGCAAUGAGGCUUACCUCGCUAAGCUCAUCGUGCCCCUGCGCAGCGUGGCCGACCACAUCCGCAACAUCUCUUACUACAAUGAACCCGCCAAGAAGUUCACUGGACGCGGUCACCUCGCAUGCGUGCACUACUCCGGUAACAAGGCCUUCUCCAGCCGUAGGCCUCUCUACAAGGAGCUUAGCAUCAGGGACGACGUGAACCUCCUCUCUUUCUAUGCCAAGAACAGGCUCGCGGCCGCCGGUCUGGCCAUCGAAGGCGCCACAGUCAAGCUGCUCCCAUGGAGGCCGAGCCGCAAGUUCCAGGUCCCGCAGAUGAUGGAAGACCCUGCCCUUGAGCUGAAGGCAGCUAAGGCCGAGCGUGAAGCCAGAUUCCGUGCCUCUACUGUUGAGCCUGUCAUGACUCCCGCUGCCGAUCUGGCAGAGAUCAAAAGGAAGAGGCAGGAGGAAGCUCGCGCUGCCGAAGAAAAGGCCUUGAAGGAAGAAGCGAAACGCGAAGCUGAGCGUAAGGCAGCAGCCGAACGCGAAGCGGCAGAAAAGAAGAGGGCAGAAGAAGAAGCCCGUAAAGCCGAAGAAGCUAAACGCAAGGCCGAAGAAGACGCUAGGAAAGCCGAGGAAGAAGCCCGCAAGGCUGAAGAGGCUCGCCUAGCCGAGGAGGCCCGUUUGGCUGAGGAAGCAAAACUCGCGGAGGAAGCUCGUCUAGCUGAGGAAGCAAGACUCGCGGAAGAAGCAAGACUGGCGGAAGAAGCCAAGAAAGCAGAAGAAGCACGUCUAGCAGAAGAGGCGAGACUCGCAGAAGAAGCCCGUUUGGCUGAGGAAGCGAAGUUAGCCGAGGAAGAGGCCAGGCUCGAGGAGGAGAGGCAGGCAGAACAGAGGAGACAAGAGGAACUCGCCAGGCUAGAGGAGUUGGAGAAACAAGCACAAGAAGAACGCGAGGCCGAACUUGCACGACAGGCUGCUGAAUUAGCCGAGAUUGCGAGACAAGAGUCUGAACUUGCGGCCGCCCGCCUGGAGGAGCUCUCACAAAGUGGAUCUGCCGCUGAUAUUCCUGAAGCUGAUGCCUCGGAACCCGCUGCAGAUGAGCCACAGCCCAUUGUAGAAGAACCAGAAUCCCCUGAAGUCGUGCCUGAAACCCCCGCCGAGCCCGAGGCCGAGGCCGAGCAGGCCGGUGACGUCAGCGAAGACGAGAAAGCGGAGCCUGACCUAACCGACGAAGAAUAAACACCCAUAGCAACUUAUAAAUAUUUUUAUAUAUAAGCAUUUUCUGUUAUUUAAUGUAUUUUCAUGCUAAACAUUAUUCAUGCGCAUUUUUUCAUAGAGUAGACAUGAAUAACGUGAUAGCAAUGAGGUGGUCAUCCUUCUACCACUCUUUCUUUUGCGUAAUCAAAUUAUGCAACAAUGAAAGUCAACCUUCCUUCUUGUAUAUGUAUGUUUAGGAAAUCUACCACCGUUAACCAAGUGAAUUUUAACUAAAACUUAAAUGUUAAUAGUUUAAGUGUUUUAAUGAUGUUAUAUUUUGUUAAAUUUUAACAAUAAAAGACAUAUUAACA